UCUAGUCGGAAUAUGUGACCUGGAGACAGGAAUUUGUGCUUGUCCAGAGGGCCAGUCUUGGGCCGGUGAGAACUGUCAAGACACCGUUGUAAUCUCAAGAGGGUCAAAGGCAGAGCAGGGAAAGGCAAAAGACUAAUCUGUUAUAUGGGGAGGUGUUGGAGGUGGUGCAGCCGUGAUUCUUGUGGCCUUGUCUAUUAUACUGAUGAUAGUAAUAAAACGAAGAAAGCGUGCGGACACCGCAAGCAGCAAUGUAACAAUGGAUUGAAAAGUGGGAGGGGCUGGCUACGAGCACAAACAGAAGGGCGUAGUCUAUUACGCAAUUGGUAUGUACGGGGAUUUGUCAUUCACUGAACCAUGAAGUUUUCUCUGUAUUUGGGAGUAGAGAGAGCGUCAGCGAUUGUCUUGUUGCUAACGGUUCUUUGCACGCAAUGCGCUGCCAGUCUCACUGGCUCCAACGUAUGCACCGCUCGUGUCAGCCAAAUACUGUCUGUGAGAGUUACUACGACGGAACGUUUCACCGAGAGGUCCAGAACGCGGUGUUGGGAUAUCUGGGGCUGGUUUUCCUGCACAGUCACACGGGUUCGGUAUAGAACUAGGUACAAAACAGUAUAUUCGAUGACAUACCAAACGAAGUACUUCUGUUGUUCUGGAUACUCGCCUGUAGGCAACACAUGCAAACCUGUGUGCUCGUCUACUUGCAAGAACUCUGGAACGUGUGCGAGUCCGGAGCUAUGCCAGUGCGUGUCCGGAUGGACGGGAUCUCAAUGUGCAACACCUGAAUGUGAUCCUGGCUGUGCUACAAAGGGUGGAACCUGUACGGCUCCGUUUACCUGCCUCUGUCCAGCAGGGCUGUCAGGCUCUUCAUGUCAAACAGUAUGCAGAGGUGACCGAUUUGGACAGAAUUGUGCUCAGAGGUGCUUGUGCAAGAACGGAGCUUUAUGUAACCCGGCUACAGGAGUAUGUACCUGCACGGCUGGAUGGGAAGGAAUGAACUGCGAUCAGGCAUGUCCAACAGGAACAUAUGGCCUAGGGUGCUCCUCCUGUACGUGCGAGAAUGGAGCAUCUUGUGACCGCGUCACUGGAGUUUGCACUUGUCCUCCCGGAUAUUACGGAAACUUAUGCGAGCAUCGCUGCUCCGCCUGGAUGUUCGGUCACAGUUGCAGCCACACUUGUCUAUGCAAAAAAUCGAACACUUUCAACUGCAGUCACGUGAAUGGUCGUUGUGAAUGUCGGGACGGCUGGAGAGGUGCAAUUUGCACGGAAGAAUGCCCUCACAGUCUCAACAUGUCCAACUGCGAAUUAAACUGCACAUGCCAGAACGGCGGAACAUGUGAUCCUUAUACGGGAAAUUGCAGCUGUCCUCCUGGCUUUAUUGGUGACAACUGCGAGAAAAAUUGCUCUACAAAUACGUACGGUUUCAGAUGUGAACAAAAGUGCACGUGUGUUAACAGCGGAUUAUGCAACACCGUCGACGGGACAUGCACUUGUGUUGGGCAUUGGGUCGGUCAAUACUGUGAGAAACCCUGUUCAGACGACUGGGAGUACUGGAAUGGAACAGCUUGUAUUGCUUGUUCUUGUGAGAGAACAAACAGCCAAAGGUGUAAUCAGUCCAGCGGUGAGUGUGAGUGCUCUGACGGUUGGGCACAGCCGUCGUGCAAUGCAAGUUGCCGGAAAGGAACAUAUGGCUACCAGUGCCACCGUCGAUGUCAGUGUCAGAACGGUGCAUACUGUAACCCAGUGGACGGAUCAUGCAUCUGCACUAAUGGCUACAAUGGAACAUUUUGUGAUCAACUUUGUCCGUACGGAACGUAUGGGUCCUACUGCAGAGGGUCAUGUGGAUGUCAGAAUGAUGGCGUUUGCUCUUACGUCGAUGGGUCGUGCUCUUGCUUGCACGGGUGGCAUGGUGCCUCUUGUGAAUUGAAAUGUGAUAGUGGCUUCUACGGUGAUCGUUGCCGUCAACAAUGUUUGUGUCUGAAUGGCGCAACUUGUGAUCAUGUCCAUGGAUCGUGUACUUGUACUGAGGGAUGGCUGGGAGACAAUUGUACUGAAAAAUGUUCGGCAUUUCGGUUUGGAAAAGACUGUGUACAAGAUUGUAAUUGUGAUAAUGCUGAGAGUUGUAGUAACGUGGACGGCACAUGCCACUGCAAACCUGGUUGGAUUGGUUCUACCUGCUCUGAUCCGUGUACUCCCGGACUAUGGGGUCAUGAUUGUAGUUACAACUGUACCUGUCACAAUGGAGGGACUUGCGAUCACGAACUUGGAGACUGCAACUGCACAGAAGGAUGGACAGGGAGCACAUGUUCACAACCAUGCGACAAAGGCAUGUAUGGUCAAGAUUGUAAACAACACUGUGAUUGCGAAUUUGACUACUGUAAUGCAAGAGAUGGCACUUGCUUGUGUCCAGAAGGUCGGACCGGACCUCGUUGUGAUCAGAGUUGUCAAAGUGGAUUUUAUGGUCGCAACUGUGAAAAAGAGUGCGACUGCAAAUUCUCAAAUUGUGAUCCGUACAACGGGACGUGCUUGUGUCCUUCUGGAUGGAUUGGACGCCGCUGCGACCAAGUUGGAUCGAGGGAGGAACAGACAGACACAAAGGAUGCAUCUAGCAUGGGUGCUAUAUGGGGCGGAGUUGGAAGUGGCGUAGCCGCGCUUCUUGUGAUCUUGACUAUUAUACUGGUGAUAGUAAUUCGACGAAAGAAGCGUGCGGACACCAAGAGUGUGAGCUAUGCGAACAUUCGUGAAGGUCAAGUGACAAUAGAAUCAACACGACCUAAUGAUUCUACUGCGGCAUCUGGUGAAGCAUACGACACGCUCAAUCACUUCCAGGAAGCUGUGGAAAACAACAACUCGUCAAGGACAAUGCUAUCAAAUACCGAUACCUACAGUAGACUGAUGAAAACAAACCCGAUGUAUGGCAACCCUGAAGAUCCCUCUGAUGGCACAGGGAACGUAUCGUUAUUUCCAGAUCAAGAUGAGCAGCUGCACUCUAGGAAACCGUUGCCAACAGUGCAGAACGUUAACAAUCCGUACUAUGACGUUGGAGCUGUAUUUAGUGCUGGUACUGCUCGUCUUACUACAGAGGAGCCAUUUUAUGAGACUGCAGAUGCAGUGCGUCAGGAUGAUAAAUGAUGCAUGGGGUCGUAUUGGAUGGUGCAUCGUGAUACGGUUAGACUAACGUGCGCAAUGUGAGUUUGUAGAACAUGAAUAUUUAAACCACCGAUCAUAUACUUAUUUUAGGCAAUCUGCUUGGUUAUUUGUGCUAAUAUAAAACGGUUAAUAUUUUG